UCCUUGGUUGUACUGGGUUACAGUUAACUUAGGUGUGAAACACUUGAAGCUACCAAAUGAGAAGACCAGGGGCCCAGAGCACAUUAUAUAUGGGGAGUACUAUUGCUUGCUGUCAUUGAGAACGAGGUAGUUAAGUCUUGACCCAGAUUAAUUCUUGAUUUCCAGUGGUAAAAUGCCACACACUUCUGUGAUCAUGCAGCAAGCUGUUGGAAAUCCCUCUGAUGUUCCCACAGCCUUCUACUAGGAGAGGUCACCAUAUUAAUCUAGUAGAGGGAACACUAAGGAUGCUGUGAGGUUAAUUUCCCUCAGAUAAUGGCAGAACCUUGAUGGUGUUUAAGAAGAAUGCUUCACAAAACUCAAUGUGUAUGUGAAGUACUAACUUUAAAAAUAAACUAGAAUCCUCUUGCCUUCUUAAGUGGCCUAAUGUGACAGCUGCCCAGGCCUCAUUUCUCUUUCCCUUACAUUUAUUGUUUACCUAUGGAAAUUUGCCCCUGAGGUGGCAUGUGUUACAAUUUAGAGGCGACAUCUAUGGUAUCCAAUAGUGAAAGCUAAUGGAUUCCUUUGGGAAUGAACCUUGCAACCCUUACCCAAUUAGCAUCAUUCUCUUAACCUACUGAGUUAAAUGCAGUAGAAUGACAACUCUCCAAGCACCUUUUAACUCUUUUGCCCUCAUUUCAAAGCCCAACUCAUUCUCUUAUUUUGUUAAGAAGCAUAUGAUGUGACUGGGAUAGGGAAGAAAAAGAAAAGCAUGUUGUCACUUGAGUGAGACUGCCUUAGAAAUGUUACCAAGUCAGGGUUGGGUGUUCCCUGUCCCUUAGAGAACAGGCCUAAACAGUACCUUCUUCAUCUGUAGCUACUGGGAAGGCACCAUGAUUGAGAUUAGAGAUGCUGCCUUAGUUGAUUUUUAUCAAGUGUAAAUUAAACCAACUUUAAGCAGUGCUUACCAAAAGAAUGAGAGUGGAAAGAUGCUGCAUUUUUAAACAAGUUUUAUGUAAGUUUUGUUUCUUGAACAAAAAGUAAACUACAGAAGGAAAGAAUGAGAUUGGAAAGUCGAUGGGAGAAACAGCUGUGGAAUCAAAGAUCUGUAUUUAAAUAUUGAGUCUGUUGAAUUUUGUGCACAUUAUUUAACCUCAUUAAGCCUCGGUUUUUUUGUAUGUAAAGUGGGGGAAAUAUUUAUCUCAUAGAAUUACCUUAAGGAUCAAAUGAGGUUUUGCCUGUAGCAAAUGUCUGGCCGUGUAGGUACUUAAUAAAUGGCGGCUGUUAUCUAUAAUAAUAACUUCAUGUUACUGAAACUUUAGCAGGCCGAGAAAGGAAAAAACAAAAAAAGACAAGGGAAGCAUAAGAGAGGGUGGUAAUCAAAUGAAUCGACUAUAUGUGUAUUGUAAAAUAGAUUACGUUAGGCCUGGGUGUCAUGAGGAUUAGUGUGAUAGUGACCUUGUUGCUAAGUACAAAAGCAAAACAAUGACAUAAAAACAAGUAUGCUAAGCACUGAGUGGAGGAGAGAGAUGGAGACAGACGCUGUAGGAAAAAAGAGCUGAUUAAAAAGGGGCCUUUGAUUCCACAGGCACAAAAAUCCACAGCCAGGAAUUUGCUGCCACCUCUGAGUCAGGCGGAGGGGGUGGGGUGCACAAUCCCAUUAGUAGAGAAUGCCCAGUGGAUUUAGUCUGUGAGAGUCACAUUUCUUAUUUGGACCAGUGUAGACAGAAGCAAGCCCAGCUCACUUGUUUCCUGGGACAGUUGAGUUAGGGGAUGGCUUUAGCAGAGUACUCACCACUGACCCCUCACCGCCGGGACCUCUGCAGCCGCUCUAUCUGGCUAGCAAGGAAGAUUCGUUCAGACCUGACUGCUCUUAUGGAAUCUUAUGUCAGUCAUCAGGGCCUGAACAAGAACAUCAACCUGGACUCUGUAGAUGGAGUGCCAAUGGCAAGCACUGAUCAGUGGAGCGAGCUGACGGAAGCAGAGCGACUCCAAGAGAACCUCCAAGCUUAUCGUACCUUCCAUGUUAUGUUGACCAAGCUUUUAGAAGACCAGAGGGUGCAUUUUACCCCAACUGAAGGUGACUUCCAUCAGGCUAUACAAACCCUUCUACUUCAAGUUGCUGCCUUUGCUUACCAGCUGGAGGAGCUAAUGAUGCUCCUGGAGCACAAGAUCCCCCCGAAUGAGGCUGACAGGAUGCCUGCUGUUGUUGGAGAUGGUGGUCUCUUUGAGAAGAAGCUGUGGGGCCUAAAGGUGCUGCAAGAGCUUUCGCACUGGACAGUGAGGUCCAUCCAUGACCUUCGUGUCAUUUCUUCUCAUCGUACUGAGGUCCCAGCACAUGGGAGCUAACGAUCAGAAAACAUAGCAGUUGUCCCUCCCUGCCUUGCUUUCCUUUCUAAUGGAAUAUGCAUAGCUCUUUGGGGCGUCACUUUCCCAUCUUAACUUUUUGGAAACCUCUAAGACCACAAAUACUUUCAUCAAGUAGAGUUGGAGACGUGGACAAAUGGGCAUGUUGUUUAGUCUGGGAUGCUAUGUGUGUGUGCCUGGGAGGUAAGGGAGUGGGAACGGGAGCAGUAUCCUUUCACCUCAGUGCUCUAACCUUUUCUACCCAGUAGGUAGCCUGUCCUUACUCCCAGAAGGAAUAUAUCUUUAACUCUAGUUCUGGAUGACUCCUCUUAGAAGAUUGAGUCAGUGAGUUAAAAAUCAUGAACUCUUCAGCCAAUUCAAACUCUGGGUUAAUAAAAAUAAUAACUAACAUUGAGUACUUACUAUAUCGAGGCACUGUGCCAGGGACUUUAUUAUAUUGUGUAUCAUUUUCACAACAACCCUGUGAGGUGUUUGGCAGGUCAGAAAACAGGCCCACAGAGAUUUCUAACUUGGUGAAGGUCACACAGCAAAUGUUUGAACCCAGUUAUUUGUCACUCCAAAGCCUAUGUGCCAAUUAGAGGCCUGAUCAUGAAACUAUCGCUGUACCUUUAGCCACAGAGGGUAGAAAGAUGUACCUAUGAAAUCUAUCCCCAGCACUAAAAAAGCAGUGCCCAUUAUGUGUCCUGAUAGGUCAGUGGCAGAAUUUUAGUGUCAAAAGCAGUAUUUGUUGCCCCUACUUGGCAAACAGAGCAGCCAGCGGUCACCAAACUUCUGAACUUAGGAAGCUAGAUAUGUGUUGUAAUACAGCCUGGUUUAAAGUGCCCACUAGAGUUGUUGAAUAUUGAGUUGGACACAGCUUGUACCAGGUUCCCUCACAUUUACUGUAAUGGGCAAUGCAGUGAUGCGGGCGCUGUAACCCAAUCAUUCGCGUGCAGUAGGUGGAACACUACUCAGGUUAAAAAGUCACAGAACUCUUGCGCCACACAUUUCUCUGGACUUAGUCAUGAGGAGAGGGUGAGGCCCACUCUGUCCCCACUGGGAAUGCCAGAAUUUCUGAAACAAUGUCCAGUGAAGCCUCCCUGCAGCACAACAAAGGCACAGGGCUUGGCGCAUUUAAUGUUCCUGUGAGACCAUGCGUAGUAUGAAAGGCACUAACCGGAAAUGUAGGCAUUAAUGGAAAAGGUCAUUCACGGUAAGGCUUGUGUACUGAUGGUGUGCUGUGAAUCGAAGUUUUCAGGAGUGUAUUGUACAAUUACCUGCUUAAUUAAAAUUCAGUAUGUUUGUUCUCAAAUCUUAGAUUGAGGAGCCCAAAUCAAUUUAAUUAUUUGACGCUUCUGUUGAGUUUUCCAGAGACAGAACUGUAUUCUUAAACCAUGACUCAGGGAGGUUUAGUGCCCAUAGGUUGCACAAGGCAGGGGAAUGGGUGACUUAGCUUGUGCCCCAACUCCAUCAAGUCAGUAUCAGGUGAGGACUCUGGGCUAGGCAUUGUGGAAGGACAUCAUGCUUGAUAAAGUAGAGGGUCAGCGGAAGAGAGGAAGACCUUCAACGACAUGGACUGACAGUGGCUGCAACAGUGGGCUCAAACCUAAAGAUUGUGAGGAUGGUGCAGGACAGGGCUGCAUUUCGUUCUCUUGUACACGGGGUGGCUGUGAGUCGAAACCAACUCGAUGGCACCGAACAACAACUGGGCUAGGCUUUAUGUCGGUACAGGGGCGGUAAGACCCUGCUCUCUAGUAUGCAUUUGUAGAAACAAGGCUGUAUCUGUAUAAAAUAAAUGCAUAAUACUAGAUUGGAAUUGUAAGGCACGGGUUUAAGUGUUACUGAGUUCAAAGGAAGGAGAUCAGUGUGGGCCAAAAGGUUGGCCGCGUACAGAACAGAUCUUGAGGAGAGAAACAAGGAAUAGUUGCCUGGUUAAAAGAAAGUGAGGCGAUAAUAAACAUUUGGGUCCAGCUACCGGUAAAGGGGAUUAGUUUUAUUUUGUGGGUAACUUUGUGCAGGUAUAUAGUUCCCCACUGACUGCAUAGGGCUUAUUUCAUUCAAGCUUUUCCUUACAUAAAUUGUUCUGCUUAAGAGCAGCAUUUUUUUCCUUUUUUUUUUUUUUUAUUGUACUUUAGAUGAAGGUUUACAAAACAAACUAGUUUCUCAUUAAACAGUACACAUAUUGUUUCAGGACAUUGGUUAACAACUCCCCGACGUGCCAACACUCUCCGUUCCAGACUUUGGGUUCCCUAUUACCAGCUUCCCUGGCCUCUCCUGCCUUCUAGUCCUUAUCCCUGGGCUGUUGUGCCAAUUAGUCUCAUUUUGUUUUAUGGGGCUA